AUGCCAGGAGAAGUGGAGAGUACAUUAAUGGUCAUAGCAACUGGAGAGUUUUCAGUGGGGAUCUUAGGAAAUGCAUUUAUUGGAUUAGUAAACUUCCUGGACUGGCUCAAAAAUAGGAAGAUUGCCUCCAUUGAUUUAAUCCUCACAAGCCUGGCUGUAUCCAGAAUUUGUCUACUGUGCAUAGUACUGUUAGAUUGUUUUAUAUUGAUACUGUAUCCAGACGUCUAUGUCUCCGGUAAACAAAUGAAAAUCAUUGACUUCUUCUGGACACUAAGCAACCACUUGAACGUCUGGUUUGCAACUUGCCUCAGCAUUUUCUAUUUCCUCAAGAUAGCUAAUUUUUUCCACCCGCUCUUCCUCUGGAUGAAGUGGAGAAUUGACCGGGUGAUUGUCUGGAUUCUACUGGGGUGCUCUGCCUUCUCUGUGUUUAUUAGCCUUCCAGUCACUGAGAACUUGAAUGAUGAUUUCAGGUCUUGUGUCAAGACCAAGGCAAGGUGGAAAGCAAACUUUACCUUGAAAUGCAGAGUAAAUAAAGAUGAUUAUACUUCCACCAAGAUAGCUCUCAACUUGUUAACGCUGCUCCCCAUUUCUGUGUCCCUGAUCUCUUUUCUCCUCCUGAUCCUCUCUCUGCUAAGACACAUGAGACAAAUGAGACUCAAUGCCACAGGGUGCAGAGACCCCAGCACAGAGGCCCACACAGGAGCCCUGAAAGCGGUCAUCUCCUUCCUCCUCCUCUUUGUUGCCUACUAUUUAUCCUUUCUCAUAGCCACCUCUAGCUACUUUAUGCUCGGGAGUGAUUUAGCUCUGAUUCUCUGUGAGUUGGUAGCCCUAAUCUAUCCCUCAAGCCAUUCCUUUAUCCUAAUACUGGGGAACAAUAAAUUAAGACAAGCAUCUGUCAGGGUGCUUUGGAAAGUAAAAUAUAUUCUAAACAGAAGAAGAUUCUAA